ACUCGUGUUAUUAGGUUAGGGUACACAUAUCAUCUUACCCUAGAAUGUGACAUGAAAUUUUCUGUGAUCCUUUUUGCCCUUUAUUCAAUUUCCACGGCAGAUCAUGGGUCGGUCGUCCAUGAUCAAUUCAGUGUACUACUUAGCUUAGGUUAGGGUUCUUCAAAGUUAACUUUCUGUGAUUGUUUUUUUAUUUUUAUUUUCUUGUCUUGUUUAAAUCUUUCCCUUUUUGGAUAAAAUGACUAAUUUGUUCCCCAGAUUUAUGCUUCCUCAUUUCCUUGUUUCAAUUUGUUUCUGAGUUUUAAUUUUCCCACUUCAAAUUUAGGGUUCUUGUUGCUUUUGCUGAUGAAAUUUUCGAGUUUAUAGUCCAAUUAUAGGAAGGGGGAGGGUGUGUCUUUUUUCCACUCCUGGGUCUGAGGGGAAUUAUUAAAAUUAGUUUUCCUUUUCCUGUUAGAUGAGCGGUUUUGGUGACUUCCACCUGUGGAUAUCUGCUAUAGCGUUAGAUCGGCUCUGUUCCUGAAUUUCUAAAUUUUUUUAAUCCUUUUUUCUGUUCUUCCCAGAUUUAGUUUCUUCUGGGUUUAGGUUGCAACUUGUUUUUGGGACAUGUUAGGUAUAAAUUUGAGCUGCUGGUCAGAGCGAGGAAUUCAAUCUAGAUUGUGAAGGACUUUAUAGUACUGAUCAAAUCAAAAUCUGAAAAGUAUGCAAUGUUGAAUCUGAUGUGUUGGGAAGAACUUGAUGCAGAUUUAUACAUGCUGGCUGAUUUGCAGUUCAGAAUCUCUAGUAGCUUGUGUUGUCCAGAUGGUAUUGGUAUAGAAAACGAAAUAUGGAAAGAAGUACUUAACCUAAUAUAUUAUUGUAAUUUAAUAAUUAUGGGGAUGGAUGAUUCUGCAGCCAUGAUUUAUCAAUUUGUGGGACUCUUCAGAAAUCAUUGGUCUAUCUUAGUCUUACUCUUUGAGGAAGCUAUUAACAGGAUUGAAGGUUUUGUUGGGUCUAAGAUAUAUAUAUAUAUAUAUAUAUCUUUAGAACUUUAAGCUUCAAAAUUUUGAUUUUAGGUUUUGUGUUAAUAAGUCUGUCAUUUAAGAUAUGAAUAGCAUAUGCAAUGAAAUAGUAUGAGUUGACAUCUUCAAUUAUGUAUGUUGCAGUGAAUUUAUCGUUUGAUAUCUGAGGACUGAGGGUAAUGUUGGCUAUAAAAUGGAAUGUUCAUUGUAUGCUGUUCCAUACUAUAAUGCAGGUGAAACUUUUAUUUCAUUUCUCUGUGCGGGGAGAUGUUUUAAGUUGCCAAUCAAGCCAGUCAAGUCUUUUGAGUCUUCUUAUUAUACCUAAGGACUCUGAAUCUAUCUUUUCAAGAAUGCUGUUAAUGAAUUGAACUGAUGAACAUGGGUGGUUAGACUUCUACACAUAGUGGAUUGCUAAAGCGACUAAAUCAAUUUCAUCAAUUAAGUGAAUUUGUGUGGAAUUGAAUAGGUGCUUGGAUUCAAUAACCAUACUAUGAAAUAUGAAUCACGAACUAUGUGAUGUGAAGCAACUACAAGCCUGACUAAUGAACAUACUGGUCAGUGAUGAAGGAACAAAAAGAGUUGAGGCCAUUUGCAUUCUAGCGUAAUGUACUAAAGAAACAAAAAAAUCUCUAAUCCUCAAAACAAGAUGAAACCAUCUGAAAUUUAUAUCUGAGCUGACCUUUAUGUGGUCUAUCUUAGAAUUCCAGAUCCAGAAGUUGUUUUGAAUGCUGGAUUAUUUUGCAUUGUAUAUUGCCUUAAUUAAUUUUAUUGAUAUAUCUUCUGAGGCGAAAACUAUUCAAGCAUCUCCGUUCUUACUGUAUGAACGGACUUUGGCUGAUGGAUUUAGCUGUUUGAUCUGUUUGCCUCACUUGCACAUUCAAGUUCCUAAGAAAGACUGCAGAAUCAAGAACCGGCUCUAAAUUAUGACGUGUGCAGAUAGAAAGGAUGAAUUGAGGAGAAAGAUUAGGAGCAGAUCAUUCUUGUCAUUGGCCAUUCAUUUGGGAUAUUUUGGAUAGGAGCAUUUUCCCUAGUAGACUCAACUUACAGUUGCGUCUCCUGAGAUGACUUUUGAGGCAGUCUGAGGUUGAUGGGGCAAUAUCGCAUACUCCACUCUUUAUGUUUCCCUGAUAAGUAUUAAUGGGGACAGAAUGUGUAAGUGCUAAAAUUAGAGAAGAAAGCAUUGAGUUGUCUGUUCCACCUGGUUUUUCGUCCCUUACAUCGUUCACCUUAAAGAGGGUAGAAGAUAGUGAAGUCAUGAUGAGUUGCGUGGCCUCUUCCAUUGCGUCCGAGCCACAGCUGGCUCAGAUGGACACCAAGAGUGACAUUACUGAUGAUUUGAAGAUUACAAGGACCCUUAGGCAUAGGCCAUGGAUAAAAUACAAUCAAUUUGAUGACAGCUCAGAGGAGUCUGACUCUGAACAGAAUCAUCGUUCAAGGCCUGUCCUUCCUAAAGGUGUUAUUCGUGGAUGUUUAGAUUGUAGUAACUGCCAAAAGGUUAUAGCAAGAUGGCAUCCUGAAGAUGCAUGCAGGCCUGUUCUUGAGGAGGCACCUGUAUUUUACCCAACCGAAGAGGAAUUCAAAGAUACGCUAAAGUAUAUUGCAAGUAUACAUCCAAGAGCAGAGCCAUAUGGAAUUUGCCGCAUUGUUCCUCCUCCUUCCUGGAGACCUCCUUGCCCUCUGAAGGAAAAGAAUAAAUGGGAAGGUUCUAAUUUUGUUACCCGUAUCCAGCGGGUUGACAAGCUUCAAAAUCGGGCUUCAGCAAAAAAGAUGUCUAGAAUUUCUGGUAAUAUGAAGAGAAAAAGGAGAAAAUGCACGAAAAUGGGGGUGGAUUUUGGGAUUGUUAACGGAGGUAGCACGAGUCCUGAAAAAUCUGGUUGCUACGAGGCUGAGAGAUUUGGUUUUGAACCUGGUCCCGAGUUCACUCUUGAAACUUUUCAGAAAUAUGCAGAUGAUUUCAAGGGGCAGUAUUUUCGGGAGCAUGACAUAAUUACAAAUUCAGGGGACAAUCAGCACAUGCUUCACAAGUGGAAGGAACCAUCUGUUGAAAAUAUUGAGGGUGAAUAUUGGCGGCUGGUUGAGAAGCCAACUGAAGAGAUUGAGGUUUUAUAUGGGGCUGAUCUGGAAACUGGAGUAUUUGGCAGUGGGUUCCCAAAGGUGUCCCUUGAUUGUGAGGACCAAUAUUCAAGAUCAGGCUGGAACUUGAACAAUUUCCCUCGGCUCCCGGGGUCUGUUCUCUCUUUUGAAAGCGCUGAUAUUUCAGGUGUUCUUGUUCCAUGGUUGUACAUAGGGAUGUGCUUUUCAUCAUUUUGUUGGCACGUUGAGGACCACCACUUGUACUCACUAAAUUACAUGCAUUGGGGUGCUCCAAAAAUGUGGUAUGGUGUGCCAGGAAGAGAUGCUCUCAAAUUGGAGGCUGCUAUGAAGAGGCAUUUGCCUGAGUUGUUCAAAGAGCAGCCCGACUUGCUCCAUAAGCUGGUCACGCAACUGUCACCUUCCAUAUUAAAGUCUGAGGGGUUAUCUGUGUACAGGUGUGUUCAGCAAUCUGGGGAGUUUGUUCUCACCUUCCCUCGAGCAUAUCACUCAGGAUUUAAUUGUGGUUUUAACUGUGCUGAGGCUGUAAAUGUUGCCCCUGUUGACUGGUUGCCUCAUGGGCAAAAUUCCACAGAACUAUACCGUGAGCAGGGGCGAAAGACAUCUAUUUCCCAUGAUAAGCUGUUGCUUGGGGCAGCCAAGGAAGCAGUUAGAGCACAGUGGGAACUUUCAUUAUUGAGGAUGAACACAUUGGAUAACUUGAGAUGGAAAGAUGUCUGUGGAAAAGAUGGGAUUUUAGCAAAGGCGCUGAAGAAACGUGUUGAGAUGGAACACACAAGGAGGGAAUAUCUUUGCACGUCUUCACAGUCAAGGAAGAUGGAUGUCAGUUUUGAUGCAACAAGUGAGAGGGAAUGCAUCAUAUGUUUUUAUGAUCUGCACCUGUCUGCAGCAGGUUGUCAUUGUUCCCCUGACAGAUAUGCAUGCUUGAAUCAUGCAAAGCAGCUUUGCUCUUGUGCUUGGAGUGACAAAUUUUUCCUAUUCCGUUAUGAAAUUAGUGAAUUAAAUGUUCUAGUUGAAGCUUUAGAAGGGAAAUUAAGUGCAAUUCAUAGAUGGGCAAAACUAUAUCUUGGACUGUCUUUAAGCUCCUUCAUCCUCAAAGAUAAAUCGCAGGCGCAGGGGCCUAUCCAUAAACUAUCCCAUUCCUCAGCAGAAACAAAACAAGGAGAGCACAGAUUGCAAGAUGCAGUAAAUUUUGCCAACAUUGGUUCGAGUCCCACUUCUAGAUCAUAUCCAGAAACUAAGGUACCUGCACUCCAAGUGAUACCCAUAAAAGAACCUAAGGAACAAAGUGCAGCUAUUGCAGUGAGAAAACCUGGUAACCUCUCAAAUUUUUGUGCACUGCAGAAAAAGGAGUCUGAAGCUCUGUUGGCUUCUGAGAAUGUGUACUCAAGUGCACCAGGUCAGGAAAAAGGAACAGUAGAUCGAAGCUUUUGUUUGAGGGAAGCAGGAGGCCUAGUUUCAGGUUCUAAUUUAGGCACUCCUCUUUGUCAGCUAUCGCAAGAAGACACGUCAUAUGAUGAGUCACCAGAUGGUUCUAGUGGAUGUGACACUCCAGCCAACUAUACCUUCGUUCCCUUUGGUAAUCCUUUGACCAACUUGGCUACAUUGUCCUGUGAAGUGAAAAAUGCGGAUACAAUGGCAGAUAGCGGUGUUAUACUUCUUGGUGAUGGUGAAGCUGAAGAGCCGCAUGGGUCAUUCUCAAGUAAAGCCAUUGGCGUAAAGGACCUUGAAGUUUCUAGAAAAAUAAAUAAUUGCACUGAUAAGGUGAGUCCAUGUAUCUACAAGAAUGAUCAAGUGCUGGAUACACCCGAGACCACUGCAUCAGUGUUACCAACUAUGUGUAAGGAUAAUCAAAUCUCUGGCCCAGUGACAUUCAAUGCUGCAGAUCUUGGGAAAAGAAAAACAUGCCAAGAGUACAGCUUUAGGAUAUUGAAUGAUACACUGCAGAGAACCCUACCGCAGAACCUUAAUUUCAAUAAAAGUGGUUCUGCCAGGGCAGUUCCUGGUAAAAACAUCCAGGAUUUUGUCUUUCCUAGGGGAACUGGAAACUUCAAUGAAGCAAAAUCUGGAAUCUCUCUUCAGCAAUCACAGCCAUACACCAAUGGAAAAUCAAACGAGGAUAGUGAUAAAAAGGUGGGAUUGCAUGUCAACCCAAUGUUAGUGGAUAGGCCUUUGCCUGUGAUUGCAACAUCUUCUGUCCCAAAUAAUCUGGACCGAUAUCUUCGUCACAAAGGGCCUCGCAUUGCAAAAGUGGUGCGAAGGAUCAACUGCAAUGUUGAACUUUUGGAAUUUGGGGUUGUGCUUUCUGGAGAGUUGUGGUGCAACAGCCGUGCCAUAUUCCCCCAAGGAUUCAAGAGCCGGGUUAUGUACAUUAGUGUUCUAGAUCCAACCAAAAUGUGUUUCUAUGUAUCAAAAAUCCUUGAUGCAGGACUCCUCAGGCCUCUUUUUAUGGUCACUGUGGAGCAGUGCCCAAGUGAGGUAUUCAUACAUCUCUCAGCUGCUAAAUGCUGGGAAUUGGUGAGAGAGAGAGUGAAUCAAGAGAUAAGGAGACAGCAUAACCUGGGACGAGUGGACCUCCCUCCUCUACAACCCCCUGGAAGUCUUGAUGGCCUGGAAAUGUUUGGGUUUUUGUCUCCGGCAAUCACACAGGGUAUAGAGGCAAUUGACUGGAACCGGGUCUGUAUGGAAUACUGGAAAUUCAGGUCCCAGACCCCAAAUUCAGUUGACUGUCAACCUGGAAAUAUUGUUGCAGAUCCCAACCUGAAUACCAAGGAGGACCCCACCAGUCAAGAAGCCAUCAAUGGAAUUGAGAAUCAUCCUUCAACCGUUGGGACUGAGACAGUUCUCAGGGGCCUGUUUUUGAAGGCAAUCCCAGAUGAACUACAUUCACUGCACAAUAUACUAAGCACAAACCAACCAAAUGCUGAUAGAGAGUUCCUAGUUCGGCUCCUUGACGAAGAGAUUCAUAAGCGGCCAAGAUAAUUCUUUUUUUUUUUUUCUCCCCAGUCCUGCCCUGUUUUUUGGGUACAUUUUUGUAAAUGCUGUAUCAUUGUUCAGAUAUUUGUGGUUCUCAUAAUCCUCUCCCAUAUAUGUCCUAAUUCUCGUAUGGACAUUGGACAAUACACGCCCAAAUGGGGCUGAAAAAAUAAAGAGAGGAAGUGCUGUAUACCUUUUUUCUUUUUUUUUUUUAAUCAAUACACAAACAGAUAAAUGUAGCAAAUCUAAUUCUAAUUCUAGUUCUAAUUCUUUAGCAAUAAAUAUUUGCACUUGUUCUAA